AUGGGAAAUAUAGACAAACCUGUUAUAACUAUGUAUAAAUACAUCGAAAAAACGCGUAUACAUCAGUUCAUUCGAUACAUAAUAGAAACUAAUUUAGAAGCCUUUGAGAAUGAAAGUUGUUGUCUAAAUGAUUAUCAUGGAAUCAGUAUCUCAAGUGGUUCUAGUAUUGGAAAAAUGCGACAUGGAUUUGAGACGAUUAAUAUAAUUAAAGACCUUAAACAAAUUCAGGAUGGUAGUUUUGAAGUUAUUCAUAUAUUUGUUCAGAUUUUUCCAGAAUCUUCCCUCGUUCAUUUUGAUAAACGUCCUCUAUGUAACCCAUCUACAAGAUGUUAUCCUUGUGAUUCAUCACACCUCCAAAAAUUUGAUAAUCCAGGACAUCUUAGCGUGACUGAUUACAAUGUUUAUGAUGUAUAUAUGACACCUAUGGAUAUAGAAAAUUCUCUUGAUUUUAUGGAUUCUAUAAUAGAGCUUUUGAAAAUGAAGAGACCUUUUGCUUCAGCAAAACAAGCCAAAGAAAUUUUGAGAUUUUUUGUUAAUUGGGUAAAGAUAAAGUAUUCAAUCAAUAGAUGGUUAGAUUGUGUUGGAGGGAAAAAAGAUCCAAAAGAAAUUACAGAUGAAAAACGUUUUCCUAUCAAUAAAACACCUACAGAAGAGUUUACAUUAGAAGAUUUUGAAAAAGAAUUAAAGAAAGCUAUUAAAAAUUCUUUAUAG